GUCAAUACGGCGCCCCGCCGGAGGCGGAGGAAGCGGUCAGUUCGAGCAGUGGCAAUGGCCGGUCGCCGCGUUAUCGUCGGCGAGGCCAACGCCAAUGCGGCGCCCUGGCUGAGGCGCAUGGGCCCCGGAGGUAGCGGCCGGCUCAGGCUGCGGUGGCGCAAUGGCAGUCGCGCGCGCGAGCCAAUGCGGGGAAGGACGAGGCGGCGGUCCGGCCGUGCUCUGGCGUCGUCAGAUCCCCUGAACCCAUGCCAUCCGAGGAGAUUCCACUCCAGGAUCUCCAAUUGUCCAUGGUCCCGAUCUGAGCCCAGAUCAGGGAAUGGAGAAUGGACAGACCGCAGUGGUGUGAUGAUGUGGCGGCUCGCGGGGACGGCCUCCUCGGCACUGCACCAAUACAGGUGCGGCCUCCUCGCUCCUCGGAUCAGCACCCUCGUCGGAGACGGGCGGCAGGCGCUCGCUCCUCGCUGGGUUUGUUUCUGGAGCAAGGAGCGGGAGGCGGAGACGCAGUGGCGUGCCCGCGCCGGGAGAUGCGGAAGAAGCGGCGGCGGCUGAAGUGGAUAGCUGCGACGGCCGUGGACAGGGGUUUCGAGCGGCGGCGCUAAUUCAGUCUGAAGGAACGUGAACCAGGGAGGGGAUCGAUUUUUUUCGGGAC